UUACUCCAAUUAAACGAUGCCAGUAUCCAUACUGCCAGUAUCCGUUGCCGACAUCAGAAUCCACACACGACAAUUAAUAAGACAAACUAAGCAAGAGAAUUAUACAGUCCAAUCAAAAAUUGUCGUUUAUUUUUAAUAAUGAAUACAAGAGAUAGCACAUCAAAGCCUGCAAAAGAGGCUAUUAUUCAAUGUAUUCAAUCUCAUGCGAAGAAUCAGCUUCUUUAUAAGGUUUAUAACAUAAACAUGCCCGUGGACUAUCUUAUCAAAAAAGCGAACGACUACAUUAGGAAGAACGGAAAAUCUAUAAUUGUCAUUCCUGAUUUAGAGAUAUUAGGAGGUUAUUUUAAAAUAAGUAAUGGAAUUUUAAGAGAUUUGUCAAGUUUGAAAAGAAUGGGAAAUGCAACUAUAUUUACAGGACAGACAAAAAGUAUAAGAGCUAACUUUGGAUUUUCCAAACUUCAAUUAAAGUGUAAUUAUGAGCUUAUAAUUGGCUCAAUCAUCUUUAAAGGCAACAUAUUCGCAACUAUUAAUAGAUUAGGAAUAGCGGCGAAACUAAAUGUUGAUAAUGAAGAAUACAACAUGAGUUUGGAGAAUUUCCAAAUAAAACGUGGUCAAAUCACUGUAAACAUGACUGGUCUAAUUAAUGGUUUAAUGAAUAUCAUAACUAAUCAAUGGCCUUCAUUAAAUACUGAAUUGUACAAUGUGAUCGAAGUUAUAAUCGGUAAUUUUGUUAAAGAGCAAAUUAAAUUUUAUUUGUAAUUUAUAAUAAUGAAGUUUUUCAAUUAUAAUCACGCAAAAUGAAUUAACAAUC